CGGUAUAAAACUUACGCUACAAGUUCAAAGUCCACAAUGUCCAGUCUGGUGAUUACGAUGAUUAAUACAAUUGAUGAUUUAUACAGUUUGAUUACUUUAUAUCCACCAGGAUCCAACGAUUAGUCUAUUAUGAUUCUUAUUACUUUAGUACUGGUGGAAAUAUAGAUUGAAAAUUGCGCUUCUAAAAAGUUCUAUAGAGCAUAAAAUGAGCGUUUAUGUGGAAUAAGUCGCUUGAAAAAUUUAAUACAAAACAUAAAAUAAUUUAUUUUUAUAGGGAGAUUUAUUGUUGGUUGCUUGAUAUUUUUUCAGCGUAAAAGCUACUACUUAUAAAAAUAAGUAUUUUUAAAAUUUUACACGUACAAAGAACACGCACAUACAUAUAUGAAUAAGAUCUAGAUAUUUCUGCAACCAAUUUGCAACAUAAUUUUAAUAAAUUUCAGUGUUUCCUAUACUUGUCCAAAAAAUUUGCAGUAAGUAUUGAUCGAUUAUUAUCGAAUCUUGAUGUAAACAGAGUGUAAAUGAGCUAAUGUAUCAGAGGAUUAGACUAAAGCGCAUUAAGUAUUUUAUUUUAAACAAACAUAUUUUUUGUCUGUUAAAAUAUAUGAAAAAUUCCGCUGUUUUAUCCAGUACAAUUUUGAUGUUUCUUGCUGAAAUGAAAAUAUGUUCAAAUAUUAAUUUGACUGCAUAGGAAAACACCGUUACAUUUAAUUAAACACACUAAAGUGUGCAUUUUUUAGCAAAGUAGCUCUGAGGAUGCAAGCCACUCGUGCUGGCGAAAUGUUAGAAAAUAAAGUCUUGCACGGCCGCCUAAAGCGGUGAAAAUCUUAGCAGGUUCAAUUUAAAGGCCCACAAAAAAGAUAAAAUUUCUGAUUUCAGUAUUUCUAGAAAGUUUCUUUCAGUUUUGUAAUUAUAAUGAACUCAAAUUCAACUACCUAGUGAUAUUUUGAAAUCAGAAAAAUAAUUGAAUAGAGAAAGCACGCAACUUUUUAUAAAAAAUGUGGCUGUGGUUAAACUACAUUUUCGACAAUUUCUUAUAUAAACCGCACAAAAAUAAGAUGAAUCAUACAUUAAGGCAAUACUUUAAAGUCGAGGUAAAUUUUGGAAACACCUCAAGCUGAAAACUAAUGAGAACCAAACAAUUUUAGUGAAAAUGAAACAAUUUUUUUCUAGUUAAAAGAGCAUCAAUCAGCUCAACGUUUCAUUUUCUAGAGUAGGUCAACUAAGAAUUAAAAACAUUUCUACUUUUGGCUUCCAGUCCAUGACUUAAUCAUAAAAAUUAUAAGAAAAUACUUGGCCGAAAAUACACGAAAGAAGUCCACUGAUUAAAAUAAAGCAACAUUUGGAAGGGUUUAGCGACACACUUUUGUUCAGGAUCAGACAUGUGUAUAAUGCAACAAUUUUCCCACAGCAAAUUAAUUUUUUUCUAUGUAAGUAUAACACAUCAGAAUCAUAGGGUGCCAUCUACCGUCAUCUACCUUAUGGUUUUUACGCUGAAGACUAAACAGGUUUAAGUGAUGGAAGACGUGUGGACGUCUGUUCGUGCAAAAGUAUAAAAAUCAAAGCAAGACCAUUUAUUAGCACUAAAGUUAGUGAGGCGAGUGUAUUACAAGUUUAGUGUAAGUGAAUCAGUAAAGAGCCUCAAAUUUGUUAAAACGUGGAAGAUAUUUGAACACCUUCAACUGGUACUUGUGUAUUUUUAUGCAAAAAAAUUGGUCAAAAAUCCUUUAUGCAAAUUUUUAACAAACGUUUUUGAAAAACCAUAAUAUUGCUUAACUUUGAUAAUAAAAAUGAUACUCUUCGCAACGCUUUUGGUAAUUAAAUACUUAAAGGCUGUUUUUCGUGUAUCGUAAACUUACAGCUUUUGUCAUUUGAGAUUUUAAACCUAAAAUAUAAGGAUAGGAAGGUUCAAAAAUUGUCAUAAGAGACAAAUUUAUUGCAUUUAAUAGGCGCUUUGUCAAUUUAUUUUUAUACAUCAGCUAAUGAUUCCAAAAUGCCCAACGUUAUAAGCAAACAAUCAGUCUUGGAAAAUUUCAACUUAAUAUCGCGUUUAGCAAUUUUCGACCUAGAAAAAACACAAAUUGCAUCUUACACUGUCUCAUUUUGCAUAUUUUGAUAACAACGCUUAUAGCUGUUUAAAAAGGUUCUAGAAUUGACCAAAAUGUCCUCAUCAACAAUCAGUCCAAUGCUUUCAUCAAAUCCUGGCCCUUUAUCUGCGACCAGCAUGUUUUUUUCGCUACUCGUUCCGGUUUUAGCGUUAUUCUAUGUUUACUGGCGCGUAUCCAGACGCCACAUGAUAAAUUUGGCCGAGAAAAUUCCUGGACCGAAAGGCUUACCCAUCUUGGGCAAUGCUUUGGAGUUCAUUGGAAAUCCUAAUGAAAUUUUUAACACUUUUUACAAAAAAUCGUUUGAGUAUGGAAGAACUGCCAGAGUAUGGGUGGGACCAAGACUACUCAUUUUCAUCACCGAUCCUCGCGAUGUUGAAGUGAUUCUGAGCAGUCACGUGCAUAUCGAUAAAUCGCCAGAAUAUCGAUUCUUCAAGCCAUGGUUGGGUGACGGCCUCCUCAUAUCAACCGGCCAAAAGUGGAGAACUCAUCGGAAACUUAUUGCGCCCACUUUUCAUUUGAAUGUACUCAAGUCGUUUAUUGAUCUCUUCAACAAAAACAGCAGAGAAACUGUUGAGAAAAUGAAGAAAGAAGUGGGAAAGGAGUUUGAUUGUCAUGACUACAUGUCCGAGGCCACUGUUGAAAUGCUUUUAGAGACUGCAAUGGGAGUGAGCAAGAAAACCCAAGAUCAAAGCUGCUACGACUAUGCAAUGGCAGUGAUGAAACUUUGCGACAUCCUUCAUUUGCGCCACACGAAAAUCUGGUUGAGACCUGAUAUACUCUUCAAUCUGACCAACGCUGCUAAAUACCAGAAAAAACUCAUAAAGAUCAUCCACAGCUUGACCCGCAAAGUCAUCCAAAAAAAGAAGGCUGAUUUUCUCAAAGGCAUUCGAGGAUCUACAGCAGAAGUGCCUGAAGAGUUAAAAGCUCCAAAGUGUGAAACCAAGGCUCCCAAGCAAUCAACUGUUUCGAUGGAAGCUACUUCUUAUGGACAAUCAGUGGGUUUGAAGGAUGAUCUCGAUGUGGAUGACGAUGUAGGUGAAAAAAAACGCAUGGCUUUUCUGGACUUGAUGAUCGAAGCCUCUCAAAACGGAGUAGUGAUUAACGAUGAGGAAAUCAAGGAGCAAGUGGACACCAUAAUGUUUGAGGGACAUGACACAACGGCAGCCGGAUCCAGCUUCUUUCUAUGCCAGAUGGCUGCCCAUCCAGAAAUCCAGGCUAAAUUGAUACAGGAAAUCGAUGAGAUUUUCCAAGGAUCUGACCGGCCGGCCACUUUUGCCGAUACCUUAGAAAUGAAAUAUCUGGAGAGGUGUCUCUUGGAAACGCUCAGGCUGUUUCCUCCGGUGCCAAUAAUUGCUCGUCAGCUUCAACAGGACGUAAAACUAGCUUCAAAUCCUGAUCAUGUGCUUCCUGCUGGAGCCACCAUUGUAAUCGGCACGUUCAAAAUUCAUCGACUGGAGGAGAUUUAUGGGCCGAAUCCGGAGCAGUUCGAUCCAGACAACUUCCUACCGGAAAAAGCAGCCAGCAGACAUUAUUACUCUUUUAUUCCUUUCAGUGCUGGACCUAGAAGUUGCGUAGGUCGAAAGUAUGCGAUGCUUAAACUGAAAAUACUGCUCUCAACAAUAAUGCGCAGCUACAAGAUAAAAUCAAAUCUGAAAGAAACCGACUACAAAUUGCAAGCCGAUAUUAUCUUGAAGAGAACGGAUGGAUUCAAAGUCAUUUUAGAAAAGAGACAACCCAUAGUAAAAUCGUAGUUUUUUUGCCUAGUUUUGCUAUUUAGUUUUAACGCAUAUUUUUAUUACACAUUAAGACAAUGUGUUAUGUUAAGACCUUUCUCCUCUAUAUUUAUAUACUUAUUGUUGUUAUACAUGUCCUGUAAACCGUAUCUUUGCACGUUAUUAUUAUCUAGGAAUUAUUAUAUUAUUUCAAUUGGA